CUGGUAGAGGGAGGGACUUUCGGUAUCAGCGAUAUCCGUUUCUGUUACAUGUUUCAGAUUUUGCGUUGUCAGAAUAUUCGUCGAAACCCCACACGGACUCGUUGUUGUUCUUCUCGUCUUGUUCUCGUUAUUUUCGCUCCAGGGGACGGUUAACGGACGCACGCGGCGUAUAUAAAGAAGAGACCGGAUGUGAAUUACGAUAGACCAGGAUAACGCUACAGUCCAGGGUCCUAUCUCAGCUUGCCCUAACGGUGGCCAAGGAUAGAGUAACAAAUCAGGAAUUUCCCUUCUGCCACUCCUGAGAGCGCCAGAGAAGACCCAAAGUUACGGAUUAAACCCCUCUCCUCAGAGAGCGGCCAAGAAAGGACCCCAAACAACAGUUUUUGGUCCAUCACAACUUUAAUUCUGACGCAGAGAGGACUUUUCCGGCUGAAAUCUAACUUUUUUCGGUGUGGGAUGUUAAGACGCGUCGGGUUUACGACACAGCGACUUUUUUUUUUUCUUCCCUUUGAGCAAUCUUUAAGGAGUUGAUGUCGCACUAACGGAGCUUCUCCUCAACACAUUCCCCUUUGCAACCCUGGUUCGGUGGGAAUGAGGAGAUCGCGAACCUGUUGCGUAAUCGUUUUUUGGACACUUUAUUUUGGACCUUGGGUGCGUCGAUGACGCACAGGGUGGCCCAUUUACAAUAUUCUUUUGAAUGCGGAUUAUAUUUGAUUCUUAAAGUGAACUCUAUGAUAGGCUGCAUCACCAGCACCUCUGGAUUUAGCGCACAAACCUCCCGCUUGGGCCACAAUAGAGAAGCCUCGUCGCUGGAGCCAUAGGGGCCACUAGGAGGAUGCAUCCUUAUGUACAAUGGCAUUGAACAACUCUUUGGCAUUUGUUGCGGUGGUUUCUUUCUUUCUUUGCUCCUGUUUUGGCCAAGAACUCAAUCCGAGGGGCAGGAAUGUAUGCAAGCCACCAGGGGCUCCAGGUCUGACAUGCUGUAGUGGAUGGGGCCAGCUGGCGGAUGAAUGCCUGACACCUCUCUGCGGAGGAAACUUCACCUGCAAGGAGAAUGAAGUGUGUGUCAGACCCAAUGAGUGCCGCUGUCGCCAUGGAUACUUUGGAGCUAGCUGUGACACAAAGUGCCCCUCCCAGUUCUGGGGCCCCGACUGCAAGGGGAAGUGCCACUGCUACCCCAACGGCCAGUGUGACGACCUGACGGGCCAGUGCACCUGCAACCCCAACCGCUGGGGCCCCAACUGUGAGAACGCCUGCCUGUGCAACAAGGGGAAGUGCGACCAGGACACGGGCAAAUGCACCUGCCACCCGGGCUUCUGGGGCCCCCAGUGCAACAACAACUGCUACUGCAGCCUGACGUCGGUGUGCGACGCCGCCGGUCGCUGCAUCUGCAACCCCGGCUGGACCGGCCGCAACUGCGCCAUGCAGUGCAACUGCAACAACUCGCCGUGCGACCAGUUCACGGGCCGCUGCCAGUGCCGCGAGAGGCUGUGGGGCCAGAGGUGCGACCGGUACUGCCAGUGCGUGCACGGCAAAUGCAACCAGGCGGACGGCUCGUGCACCUGCACCCCGGGGUUCCGAGGGAAGUUCUGCAGGGAGCCCUGUCCCGCCGGCUUCUACGGGCAGAACUGCAGGAACAGGUGCGGACACUGCAAGGGCCAGCAGCCCUGCAAGGUGACAGAGGGCCGCUGCAUCACGUGCGACCGCGGCUGGAACGGCACGCGCUGCGACCAGCUGUGCUCCAAGGGCUUCUUCGGGGAGGGCUGCCAGGAGGAGUGCCCUGCCUGUAAGGACGGGCACCACUGUGACCCCAUCCACGGCAAAUGCUCCCACUGCAACCCCGGCUGGAUCGGGGACCGGUGUGGGGAGCGAUGCCCCAACGGAACGUACGGGGAGAACUGUGGGAGCGACUGCAGCCACUGCUUCAACGGGGCGUGCCACCUGGUCACCGGAGAGUGCCUGUGCGACCCCGGGUUCCACGGCGUCUACUGCAACAUGACGUGUCAGGCCGGACAGUUCGGAGUGAACUGCAACCAAACGUGCUCCUGCCAUAACAAGAACUGCAACGCCGUGUCCGGGGCCUGCAACCUACAGCCCAACCAACGGAUGGGUGUGAUGGCAGCAGGGACCUUGGUGUGCUGCCUGCUCAUUAUCCUGCUCUCGCUGCUCUGCUGCUGCUGUCUCUGUCGACACAAAGACCACAACAAAAAGGCCAAGUGGAUCCUGUGCGGGCGUUUCAGCCGAAUCAGCACCAAACUCCCCCGUAUUCCACUGAGGCGACAGAAGCUGCCUAAAGUAGUGGUAGCCCACCACGACCCAGAGAACACCUUCAACUGCAGCUUCAUCGAGCCCCCGUCGGCCGGCGGAGACCAGGAGCCACCCCCCUCCUCCUGGUCCUCCCAGGAGUCCUUCUCCUCCUUCGGGAGCGGAGACGAGAGCCCGGUCUACUGCGUGCCUCAUGAAGAAUCCGUGAACGAGGGCAAGGAGAAGCCCGGGGUCCCGGCCAGCCCGGACGACGCGGGGGAGUACACGUCCCUGAAGGAGACGGGCCUCUCCAAGCCUGAGGGCAGCGAGCAGCCCCUGCUCAAGUCCUCCGACAGCGAGGGCUCCACCAGUGGCUCCGAGUCCGCCGUGGGAGCGCUGUACGCCCGCAUCGCGCGGCUCUCCAAGACCUCCAAGGAGGACGACGGCGGCGGCGGCGGGGCCAAGGACGGGGACGCCACUCCGGUCCCCGAGGCCAAGCGCAACGGCAAGCCCCCGCCCUCCCCUGGCAAACCCAAGCCCCGCCCACCGGACCCCUCCACCAAACCCAAGGUGUCCUGGAUCCAUGGAAACACUACGGGGUCUCCCCAGCCGGAGCCGCAGGGGCAGCCGCAGCCCCCACACCAGGCGGGGGCGAAGGCCCUCGCGGUGCCCCGGGAGAAGAAGAGAAGCUCCAGCGACGGUUCGGCCAAGAGCGAAGAGCGCCAGAAGAUGAAGGAUCUGGCCAAGGAGAAGAGCCGCGAGCAGCAGCAGCAGAAGACCCAGGAGCCGAGGGAGGCCGACGCCGCGUCCCCCCCCGGCCGGGCCAAGCCCCAGCGGGGGGGGGGCAGGUCAGGGGAGGAGUCCGGCAGCCCCACCCACAUGGAGCACAUCAACGGCGUGGUGCAGAACGCCCUCAAGAAGAUCGGCGGCUUCCACCACGGCUCCUCGUCCGAGAGGAAGGAGCCCGCCACCAGGGAGCCGGUCAAGGAGCCCCCCCGGAGCCCCAAGGUCCUCCACCCCCACAUGAACUCGGAGGCGGCCACGCUGCUGGCCGCCCAGCUCAAGGAGAAGACCCAGAGCAUCAACAGGAACGAGGGCACCGGCCUGACCAAGACCAACGGCCUCAGCGCCACGCCCAAGGCGUACCGCGAGAAGCCCACGCCCCCGCAGAAGGCCAAGCGCACCUCGUCCAGCGGCGCCGGGCAGCAGGGGGCCGCCAAGCCCCUCCUCCUCCCCAGCCUCCAGAAGCCGGCGGCCCCCCGGUCAGUCACCCCUGACCCGGGGCCCCCCGAAGCUAAGAGCCCGGAUAAGCAGGACUUGAACGGCUCGAAGGCUGCGGAGCCGGCGUCGGAGCCUCCGACGCCCAAGAAGACCCCCAUGAAGAAGCCGCCCCGGAAGAAGGGCAAGGAGGCCACCUUGGAGACGUCCGAGGUGAAGCCCCCCCAACCAAAGACUGCCAUCAUGCCCCCGCAGAUCGUGAAGUGAUCUUCUAGCGGACGGUCGACCAAGAUUUGUAAUAUUUCUUUCUAAAGGACUGCACCAACUCAAUGGUUGGAGUGGAUGUAUCCAGCCUACUGGUUGGAGUGGACUUAAACAGCCUACUGUUGGAGUGGAUUAAACCAGCCUACUGGUUGGAGUUGACUAUACCAGCGUAAUAGUUGGAGUGGACUAUACCAUCAUAAUGGUUGGAGUGGAAUAUACCAGCAUAAUGGUUGAAAUACAACCAUUGUCGACUAAGGAUUAGUCGUUUAAGUGAGUGUAGAAAGCAAGACAAUCUUCCCACCGUGGCUUCAACCGUGUCUUUGUGGUGAGUUGUACCAUAACGGCAUCUAUAACAUUAUUAUUACAUCCUCUUUUAUAUUACUACAAUAUAUGAACCUCCCACCAUGACCUAUGGCCUUACUGGACCAAGCUGGACACAGCUGUCAGAACUUCAACAAGCUGAAGGUUGUGGAAUACACACAUCAUCCUCCAUUCAUCUCUGCAAUGUUUCCACCACUACAUUCUCCAAACACUUUACCUGAAUGGUGUAUUAUUACAAAACAGCAGUUAAGCUUUUAACUAUGCACUCCACCGAGGUACUUAAACUAUUUAGGAAAUACAUUGAAUGAGUUGAUCAGAACUCUGCUGUUCCAAUAGACCCCAAAGUAUAGCACAGAACAAUGUGGAAGGCAAGCAUAAGUUUCCUUUUAGAUUAUUUUCAGUUUAAGCUAUCCGUUCUGAAAAAGAACAAAUUCAGUCGUGUUUGUUAAAAUUAUAAAUGUUGCGCUGAAGACCAAAUUGCGCUAUUUACCAAAAAAUAUGAGUUAGCGCCAAAAUGACUCUACCAUGGCUAGCAGUGUGUUGCUCUUCUCAGAGUUGUGUUUACUUUCCGUUUCUACAUCGAGGCUUGUACCAAAGUUUUUCAGGAAUCCAAAACAAACAUGGCCGACUUCCUUGGAAAAAUCUUUAGCUUAUUCUACCAAAUACUGGUAUCUUUGUGGACAGAAAACACUAAAGCUAGCACCAAAUUGAAGGGGAAUAUGCUGUCCUUUUCUGCAGUCACUUGAACCACUAUACUGUUAGCAUGGACCCACAGUGGAUUUAUCCUACGUCCUUCCUGGUAUGCCACACUUAAGAGCACUUUACACGGGUUUACAUUACAUCAGAAGCAUAUCGAUAUCCAAGAACCCUUUGAGGAAUUUGACUUUCUGCAGACAACACAGCGAACCAGGCCUUUUUAGACGGGACGCGAUGGACCACCGAAACGCUAUAAUCUCUGUCCUUCACCCAUUUGGUAAACGUCAGCAAAUUAGGGGGCAUUUAGUUAUCUGGUCUUUGAAACACAUGCUUAAGGUCUCCAUCUGGAUCUCUUCCGCUGUGGUAAAACUGGACAACAGGCCAGCCAAAUACCACCGGGAUCAUUCCCUCAUCCAGCAGGGAGAUCGUCUUGACCGAUCAGCUCAUUGAGUUAAGCAGCGAUAUGGGAAAGUGAUUUACUUGGAUAGCAUGUGGGGUAAAGAGGUGUGUGCAUUGAGUUGCAUGAAGCAUUUCUUAUCGGAGCGUAUGAAGCGAAGUGGCUUUAGAGGUCAACUAGGAAACCUGAAGCUGAAAAAUAAAUGGAGGAAAAAAGCAUGUUAGGGCUGUAUUUGAUGUAAACGUGUCUUUGUGUGAUGAAGUAUUAAAGAGAAGGAGGGCUUUAUUUUAAUCAGGAUCUGUGCUGAAGUUAAAACAUAAGCUAUUUACAUCAGCAGAACGUUGCACAACUCAAAAACUGUGGGGCCCCUGCUCAGCACACACAAGACAAUCAGUUCAUUACCGGCGGCCACUUACUAGCAUACAGGACAACCAGUUCUCUACCGUGGGGCCCCUGGUUAGCAUACGAGACAACCAGUUCCCUACCGUGGGGCCCCUGCUUAUCAUACAUAAGACAACAGUACAAUCACUCAAGGGGUCUUAUGCUGAAUAUCUCUGAUCAUACGAAUCCACCAGCUUGUGUUCAACAUAAUGUUUUUAUAAAAGGUACCGCCAUUCCCCAAGUCUUUGUUCCAUUUGUGUUUAUUUUGUUUUUUAAUUGUUUUUUUAUCCCUAUUUUCACAAUGUUUUCUAAGCUGUGCUUAUAUGACAUUUGUUUGGUGUUCCUUUAGUUGUCGUUGUCUUUUUUUAAGAUCUGUAGUAUUACGUCAAUUAACUGACUUUCACUUUCUGUUCGCUUCUGCACGUUGCAGAUCUGUGGCUCUGAGUACUUGCAGGUACUGGCUGGGCUCUGUGGUUUAUCUCUGUUGACGUUAUGUUUGUGUAACACGUAACUGCAUGACGCAGAGGGGAACCAGAGGGCCCUAAGGGCUGAACUGUAACCGUAUCAAUCCGUCCAUCGUCUCAGGACGAGAAGUACAUGUCUGUGUGGUUCUGCUCCACAAGUGAUGCCCCAACAUUCAUUAUGUGAUCAUCAAGUGGCCAUUGUAACUGGUUCAAACAUAUCUUUUUUAUAUCUGACUGGCCCGUACCUGUUUCAACAGGAAUGGAUAUUUUUUUAAGAAGGGCCUUAAAAUGCUGCAAAAUCAUAACAAAUGUACGGUAAUAUUCUUUAUUUCUUUGGCGUUUUUUUGGUUUGCGUCCUUGAUUUUCAUGUGUGUAUGUUGUUGUUCUUUUAAGUUGGUGUUUAUUGAUUUACAUUCUUCGAAAUAAAAAGCGAUACAUGUAGCUGUAAUUCAACUGAAAAA